GGGCAAUUACCUGAUGAUCCAAUAGGAGCCCUCCCAUGGAUCCGAAGGAAGCCAUGCCUAUCCACUCACAUAACUGGCCCGUCAUUUUGUACUGCCAAAUUCUUGAGAACAAGUGGCUGUUACUGGAUCACAGUGAACCAGUGCUCAGUUACAGAUGGAGGAAAAUAAUCAGCCAUCAAUAUCACUCCUUCCAAGCCUCACAGGAACUGCAGAACAGGAAGGGUAAAGGGAAAGAUGGAAGAAGGUGUGGAGUUCUAUGUGGUUUUUCUCCAAACUGAAGCUGUCAUUCUUGGAGGAUGGAGGGAAGCUCAUAAUAUUCAAGAAAUAAAAUAAGGUGGAAAAGUCACAAAAGUCACAAAAGUCAUAAGCUUCAGAAAGUUCCUGAAACAAAACUCACAGAACUCUCCAAACCUGCAAGCUGUUCAGAGAACACCAAGGAUGUGGUUUUUAUAUUGUCUGUUCCAUAUCUGGAAUGAAUAAAUAUUUUUGUAUAAGUCUUCAGAAAAAGCCACAUCACAUUUUGGACUAGUGAUUGCUGUGAUACUGGUAAAUACUAUAUUAAUAAACGUGAGCACUGAGUGCAGCCUUCCACCUCAAUUUGAACAACAACUGUCAGGACAUUGAAUCACCUAUUUGGAUUCCUGAUUGCCUCAUUCGACAUUAUGACGGGACUCCCCGGAUGCCAUCCCGGGUUCCUCCACCCUCAGAUGGAAAGUCCCAAUGAAAAGACACCUUCGCCACUGGAGCAAAACCCACCAGACGAGUCUAACCCGGUCUCUCGCUUCCUUCCUGUCUUCCGCAAUCUCGCUAUCUCAAGAUGACAGCGCUCACGCAGCAAUCGCAGCUCCCAUUCCACUAGACAGAGGCACGUUCCUACCUGGGGUCAACUUAAAGGAUUUUGUGAACUCGCCGAAAUUUUAAUUAACGAGUGCCAUCUUCCGGUUACACCUGAAAAUUUGCUACUUGCUAUGAUUUCCUUGAUCACCAUCGAGGUAUUUCUUAUUUCAUGUCCUGUAGCUACUGCUAAUGAUGCUUAUUGGGCUUUUUUACCUGAACCUCCUAUGUUUCACAUUGCUACUUGGGAGCGUGCUUCUGUUAAGGUUACUACUAAUGAUACUCUUCUCAUGGGAGGUGAAAGUAAUGCCUAUUUAACCAUCAAAGAAAGGGUAAAUGUCACUUUUGAAGGCCACACUGAUGGCUCUCCCAUGUGUUUUUAUACUGAUUCUUCUUCUCCCUUGACAGGUUGUUUCCUGCUCUCCUUAAGAACAGUAGUUGCUGAUUCCCCAUCUCCUGCAGGGAAAUCUAUAAGGUCUAAUGUGCCUUUGGGCGCUUACCCAGAGAGGCCCCCUGCUGGGGACGGUAAUAGAGAUCUCUGGACAUUAAAGUAUACAUAUUUGGACAUUCCUCAAAAUAAAUAUAAUGUCUCUCAAAAUCCUUUACCUGCCUUGAUUUCCCGCUGUGAACAAGCAAAACUUAUGGAUAGCUCUUGGGAUCACAUUAAUGAUCACCAUGGAUUUCCAAAUUGGUUUCCCUGUGGAUUUCCUUCGAAAACUGUUCAUUUUUCUCCUUUCAAUUACUCUUUAUCACUGGCUGAUUGGUCAGUAAGUCGUCCUGAUUAUAAUUAUAAAACCUAUCUAUCCUCCUAUACAAAUAAGUUUAUCCAUAACAGCCAUUCUCUCCCUACUGAGCCACUAAGUGCUUGCUAUUCUCCUGGAUGGGUUAUUCCUCAAGUUGUUCCUCUUUCAAUCUCUGGUAGACAACACAUUCAGAGGGACCUUUAUAAACUUUUGGCUGCAAUAGGUAUGAUCACUCUUCAUCGCCCUCACGGCAAUCCAAAGAUUACUUCCAAACCUUUACAAGCUUGUGUAGGUGCUCCCUUUGCUAUUUUACAGGAAGGUCCUCAUGGUUUUAUGUUUAUCUCCCAUAAUUCUGAUGGUUCUUUUUAUGGAUAUUGUUCUUACUGUAUUUUGUCAAAUUGCUUAACUAGAUCAAAAACUACAGAAGCUUUUAUUAUAUUACGCCACCCUUCCUAUGUGAUGCUUCCUGUUACUCUCUCCGAACCAUGGUAUAUAGAUCCAAGUGUUCAUCUUUUUCAGGAUGCUACUACUGCCCUCCAAUGAUCAAAAUGUUUUUUUGGCGGUUCUAAUUCUUGGAAUAAUUGCUCUAAUUGGUAUAUCACCUAGCUUUGCCUUGUCUACCACAGCCCUUGUACAAGAAAUUCAUAUAGCACAUCAUGUUAAUCAACUU